CUGACAAGAAGACGGUGUGUCGUCACUUCCUGUAUAUUCAACAUGGAGUCCAGCGGAUUGAAGCUCAAUUUCUGGGAGAAUGGACCAAAGCCCGGAGAGUUUUACUCUCUCUCUGGCAGCAGCGGGCCCGGUACUUCAUGUGGACCGGUCAAACACACACUUAACCCGAUGGUGACUGGCACAUCGGUGCUUGGUGUGAAGUUCACUGGCGGCGUUGUCAUCGCAGCUGACAUGUUGGGCUCGUACGGCUCUCUGGCUCGGUUCAGAAACAUCUCCCGCCUCAUGAAGGUAAACAGCAACACUAUCCUCGGGGCCUCCGGCGACUACGCUGACUACCAGUACCUCAAACAGGUCAUCGAGCAGAUGGUGAUCGACGAGGAGCUUCUGGGAGACGGUCACAGCUACAGUCCAAAGGCCGUCCACUCCUGGCUGACCAGGGUGAUGUACAACCGCCGCAGCAAGAUGAACCCCCUGUGGAACACUGUGGUCAUCGGAGGUUUUUACAACGGGGAGAGCUUCCUAGGUUAUGUGGACAAACUGGGUGUAGCGUAUGAAGCUCCAACGGUGGCCACUGGUUUUGGAGCAUACCUGGCUCAGCCUCUGAUGAGGGAGGUGUUGGAGAAUAAGGUGGAGAUCACAAAACAGGAAGCUCGUGACUUGGUGGAGCGCUGCCUCAAAGUACUGUACUACAGAGAUGCUCGCUCCUACAACAAGCAUGAAAUUGCCAUAGUAACAGAGGAAGGUGUGGAGAUCAUUGGCCCACUGUCAUCUGAAACCAACUGGGACAUUGCCCACAUGGUCAGGUAGGGUGU